UCUUCCACCAUCUCCAGGCUGAAUCAAUUGGUACCAGGAGAGCCAAGAAGCCACACACGCAUCUCUGCCUCUUUGCUCUGGCUCUCCCACCCUCUCCCGUCUUUCUCCGCGUCCCUGUCACUGUUACUCCGGGAGACAUUCACUUUCCACGAACCUUUCUCCAAGCGUCUCCAAGCCAGACUAUAUGUAUUUUGCUAUAAGAGACCCAGAAGAGGAAAAAAGGCACGAGACUUUUCAACACCUCAUUUAAAAAAAAAAAAAAAUCAACAACGAAUUUCCCGAAAUGUUUGAGAACAAUUAAAAGGAGAAGGCAUUUUUGGUCUAUCAACUAAGUGAACAAUCAUUUACAUCGUCCACAUCCUGAGACACUAUCGUCCCUCGCUGUGGACACCAGCGAGAUGACAGCUGCUUUUUCACACUCGAAUGUAAUAAAUAUUUGCUGCUUUUAAUAUAUACUUCGGAAUUUCUCCCCUCUAUUCUUUGGGAUUUGUAACUCUAAAAGAUUGGAGAAAAGAUUAUCGAAAAGGCUUUUACAAGCUUCCAAAAUGAUGCUGAGUCCGGACCAAGCCGCCGACUCGGACCACCCCAGCUCGGCGCACUCGGACCCGGAGUCGUUGGGCGGCGCGGAGGCCAAGGUACUGGGCAGCGUGUCGGACCUGGAGCCGGUGGAGGAGGCCGAGGGCGACGGCAAGGGCGGCAGCCGGGCCGCGCUCUACCCGCACCCGCAGCAGCUGAGCCGCGAGGAGAAGCGCCGCCGCCGGCGCGCCACCGCCAAGUACCGCUCGGCCCAUGCCACCCGCGAGCGCAUCCGCGUGGAGGCCUUCAACUUGGCCUUCGCCGAGCUCCGCAAACUGCUGCCCACGCUGCCCCCGGACAAGAAGCUCUCCAAGAUCGAGAUCCUGCGCCUGGCCAUCUGCUACAUCUCCUAUCUCAACCACGUCCUGGACGUGUAGGGCCGCGGGCGCGGCGGGAGGCCGCCUGUCCGGAAGCCGGGGGAGCGCCACCGGCCCCGGGGGGCAGCCGCAGGGCUGGUGGACGAGAGGGCCGCCCAGCCGGACAGCCGUCGCGAGAGGCCUGGACGCGGGAGGAAGCUUGCCACGCGUUCGAGCUCUCUCCGGUCAGCGGGGAGUCGAGGGAAGGUUUCCAAUUCGGGAAGGUGGGGUUGUCUGGCGAGCCCCGGGGUUUGCAGGGGGCGUUAUUCCAGGCGAGCCUCCCCGAGGCACCCGCAACGCACAGCCUCCAAACCUCCCCUCCGCGUGUUAGGAUCCCUUUAAGGGUGGUUGCUUUAGCUCACUGGAGGCUUUGAGUUCUCCAUUUAUCUCCCACAGAUCUUCACGUUUUGAAAGAAUGAGGGCAGGAGCUCAGAAGCUCAGAGUAAAGCCUCCUAACUUUAGACUAUCUGGGAUUUUUCUAAUUGACAAAUCACCUAACAUUUGGAGGGGGUGGGAGGGACUCUCCUCCAGUGUAGAGAUUUAAGGCACAGAACGGUGGAACAGGAAAGUUUCCAUUCUGCUGUGGAAGGGAAGAUUAUAUUAGGAUCCAAAUAAAACAGACAAACCCUGAAUAUUGGUAAGCUUAAAAGAUAGAUUAAGAACAGACACACUGUGGGAAGAUUUGAUCUUGGUGAGAUUUUAACCCCAAGGUAGGACACUGAUGUAGACAGGAGAAUCCAUAUUUAAAUGGAAAUUUUAAUAUCUGAUUGCUUUUUCAGGCAAAGUGCCCCUUUAUAUAUCCAAAAACAUCUAUUUGUGACCUUAAACAUGUGGACCCAUAGGUACAGUUAGCAAAAGACAACCUAUUUUUAUUUAUGUUAGAAGGAGUAGAGUAUUUUUUUCAAGACAUUUAUUUUUCAGAGUGGUGAUAAUUUUACUUUGGAUACUCUGUGCCAAUUUAUUUAUAGUCAAGUGUUUACAAUUUUUCCUGUGGAAUAAUUAUGUCUAACUUUUUAUGUGUCUGUUGAGAUUAUACUGUGGUCUUUCUUUUUUGCUCUAAUUAUAUUGCACUUGUAUAACAAAUUUCCCACUUCUCCCUGUUUCUAAACAUAUUUUAUAUAUUAAGAUGUUUGUUCUUGAAAAGGUUCUUUUGUUGUGAGAUCAGCAACAUUAGCACUUCACUAUUAUAGUUUUUUAAAAAAAGUAAGUGUUGUUAUUCUUAUGUGUAGUUAUGUCUGAAAAGUACUUUACAAACUGUUUAUAAGGACAGUAGCUUCUUUGUGUGUGUGUGUGUGUGUGUGUGUGUGUGUGUGUGUGCUGUUUGUGCGUGGGAUGAUUUUAGGAAAUUAAGUUAUUUUCCUAAAAAAAAAAAAAGAUUUCAAAACUACUUUCCUCUGUGACAACCAAAAAGAAAAGUCUAUAACCUGAAAAUGUUUCAUGUUCUCAGCUGUGAAACUCUUAAAACAAGGAGUGUAUUUUAGAGACAAGGGAAAAAAAAAAACACACAUCUGCUAUCCAAAGAUUUUAGUCUUUUUCAGGGUUUUUUUGUGUCUCUGUUGCUUUAUAUAAUGCAAUAUUUUGUAGUGAAAAUAGAUAUAACCUGGUUUCUAUCUGACAAGUUUUUCAUAUCUCAUGAAUGGUGCGCUGUUUUGCAUAUAAAUAAAGGUAUCAAAUAAA